AUGUCUGCGCUCUUCAACUUCCAAUCCCUCCUCGUGGUCAUCCUACUCAUCAUUUGUACAAGUACCUAUGCUCACUCCAUCAUGCCGGGGAUCAUGGACCGCAACCAGAAUGGCUUCUUUGGGAUAUUCUGGAAAUGUGCUCGGGUUGGGGAACGUCUUAGUCCGUACGUCAGUAUUUGUUGUGUUCUGAUGGCUAUUUCUAUUUUCUUUGGCGGUUAG